CAAGAGUGAUCAACAGCGCCAUCCCGCUCUUCCAGAUCCGCCGCCCUCCAUGAGUAAUCAACAAGACCGCCCUCCUCGUCACCUAAAUGCUGCAGCGCCGUCGUUCACACCCGGACCCCUCCAGCGGCCGGAUGCGCGGGCCUUCCAACCCCAUCAUGCGCAGCCUCAGCAUGCGCCCCAUCAUGCGCAGCCCCAGCAUGCGCAUGUGCCGGGGAUGGUAUAUCCCUCCGGGAACAACUACGGCAACCCGUACGGGCACAAUGCGUACGGCGCCUACUUCCAGCAGCAGCAGCAGCAGCAGACACACCCAAGAUACAACAGAAGAUACUUACACUUUGGUAAUUUAUCAGAUCCACCACCGAUGUCGCCUACCCAGCAGCAGCAGCACUUGUUCUCGUCCGACUCAGUGGAAUCAGCAGCAGCAGCAGCAGCAGCAAAAGAAACUGCUUCGGGUACAUCAUUGAAUCAGCAAGAGCAGCCUCUGAAGCAGCCCCCAUCGGGCUCACCAGCAGCAGCAGUCUCCCAGCAAUCUGGCCAACCUCUGCUAGGUUUACCAACAGCAGCAGCAACAUCACUAACAUCAAGCUCACAACACGUUGAUCAGGCCUACUCAGUACCACCACAACCACCACCAGCAGGAGAUCUGGUGUCAUCAUCCAAGGAGGGGUAGCAAGUUCCUGAGCUUAAUGACAAAUACAUAAUUGAGAUGAACCUGCCGAAACAUGUGGAGGAGACAAAUCUCUGUUUCAUGUUUAGCAAAGACCCUAAGCAUGUUCUGAAGCAGGGUAAAAGAGGUAAAGUGGAGUUUCCCAGUCGGAAGGAUGCAGACGAGGCAAGAGCAAAAUGGGCCAUUAAAGAGAAGUACUCCCAGAGGGAUCCUAAAGACCGCGCUAAGAACUUUGCAACAUUUCCUUAUGGCCAGAUGCAUCCCAUUGAAGGUUCCAUAGGCCCUAAGCCAGUGAAAGUCAAUACUCGAGUCAUCAAGGUGAAUAAACCAAAGCCAGUACAUGAUUCAGAGGACUUUAGGGCAAUGGUAAAAGACAUAUAUAGCUGGUGUCACAUUGAUAAGUACUCAAAGGAAUGCGAUGAGAAUGAGCUAGUAAGACCAUUUAACUUCAAUGCAGCUGCAGUCCGUGGGUCCACCAGUCCCGACAUAACACUCUGUGAGGAGGGGGCUAUUGGAAACCAUGUUUUCUUUAACAUAUUACUGCAUGCAUUCGCGGCACAUCUCACCGGAAGAACGUGGCAAGGAAAGUUCAGCAAGAAGCAUCUGCAGAUAUCAAGAAACCAACUCAUGUGUGCAAUCUUGAUGAGAACUGUUCCGCUAACUUGCGAGGAAGAGAUCCUUAAUGAUAUCUUAAGGAUCAUCUCAUUGCUGGAACCAUUGUAUACAAUAAACGACUGCCUCCCGCCACACUAUGCUGAGAUGCUCUCCAUCUUGAAGAAGCCACCAAGGCGAAGGAAUCCAAGUGUAUUCAAUGGAAAAGAAUUGGUUAAGUUCCAAGAGAGGGUUUUGAAGAGGCCAGCGUUCUCUAAUCCUGAAGGGAGGUCCCACGUUGUUCAAGAGUUUUAUACAAACUCCCUGGAAUUUGUUGACGCUCAGUGGACAACCUUUGACGAUUCCGCACCAGUGCACCUAGAGGAUUGGAGGCACAUCCCCAAAGUUGAUAAACGUCUACUUAAAGUCUUGAAAGAGUCAUGGCAUGGAGGCCAAAACUGCAGGCAAAUUUGGAAAGCAGUCCCUAUACAUGCGCCACUCCAUGGUGCAUUUACCUGAUGACAAGGAGCGCAAUUAUAGGGAGAGAUUACUUGCUGCACAGAAUUUGUUGGCCAGUGCACGGGGAGAUGUCUCUCCGCACUCUGGAGCUUUGGCGUCGGCAGCAAUUCCUGGUAGCUCCUCUCCGGCAGCUCCCCCCCUUCCACGUCCCCAGCAUAGCAGCAAGGCCGAGGAAGAUGUCUCUCUCCACUCUGGAGCUUUGGCAGCACCAGCAGCGGUUGCAAUCCCUUCCAGCGCCUCCUCUCCGGCAGGCUAUCACCGUCCCAAACCAACAAGCAGAGACGAGGAAGAUGUCUCUCUCCACUCUGGAGCUUCGGCAGCAGCAGCAGCGGGUGCAAUCCCUUCCAGCGCCUCCUCUCCGGCAGGCUAUUACCGCCCCAAGCCAACAAGCAGAGACACACUAUGGGGUGGAAUCCUCCAUCAAGUUUUUGAUGAUAAACCCCCCAGCAGCUCCUCCCCAGGUGCUCCUGCUGAGCCAAAGGUUUCGUUCACGUUACGGGAGAGGGAUAUGAUGGGAUGCUACUAUUUUAGGGAUUUCAUGGAAACUUUUGUGGACAUGAUGUAUGAACAAAAAGACAAACAGCCGUGGCUAGGGGAAAUUCUCAAGUCGUACGAGAGAUCUUUGCCAACGCACGGGUUCAUUCCUCACGAGAGCAUACCUGACGGGUAUAUGCUUGAAGAAGGUGAUGAAGAUGAGGAAGAAAGCUAGACUGGGAAAGUACUUUGAUUCACAUCAUUCCAUCUAAUGAGUUGACACGUGCAUGUGUUAUCCUUUAUUUGCAGAAAAAUCGUGAUAUCCUCUUGAUUCUGACCCUUUAUCUCAAACAUGUUAGACAAUUUUGUAACGCCAGAUUUGAUCCAUUUUCUGGAGUGAGCUAUUAAUUGUGUUGUCACACCA